AUGUCCGCGUGGAACGAGGCUGUCGAGAUGUUUCGCGUCCGCAGAGACGAUGGGCAAAUUGAGUUCAUCGACAACCAUCUUUACGAGGGUCCUGUAUCCAAGCUGCCUUUACAUGUCGUGGCCCUGUUUGGGAUCACGUCUGGUGGCAAGUCAACAGCGUGCAGAUUUCUUUCAUGCUCCAUGGGAGUUCCGACAGAUUUCCCUAGCUCCACGAUUGGUCCCCAGCACGAACCAACACGUGGUCUCUGGGGAUCUCCAGUGGUCGAUGCAGAUGGAAAUCGCUUCAUCAUUCUGGACAUCGAAGGCUUCGACAACAGCGAACAAGACCAGAAAGUUGCUGAGGCGGUUCUAAAGCUUCUGGCUCUCCUUUCGGAAGUUACCUCUGUAUUCAUCCAGGUGCGACGCACCCCGACCAUUCAAGCCUCUGACCUGGAAUACAUUGCCACCUUCGUCUCGCAAGUGCGGAGCACCCUGCUCCAGAGGCCUGUGGCAGCAAAGGGAGAUGCAGGUCCCGCUGACAACUUCCCGGCCCUGCUGAUAGCGCAUGUGAUGCCUCUCCAUCUCAAGCGCGGGGAGCAGGAGGAGAAAGCUUUGGAGAUUACGAAGCAGGCCUUGGCCUCACAACCUGAAGUCAUCCAGACAAUCAGCGAGAAUUAUGUAGAGCUUUCCCGCAAAGAAGGGCAAGGUCUGCAUUUUGAUUACUUGACUCUCUACGAGCUGCCCAUGUUCAAGAGAUUUCAACAACUUAUGGACACUGCCAAGACGCCGGCAGAUCUGCAAGAGCAAGUGCGAAAUCUGGUUGACAUGAAUGAGGAGCCUAGCUCUCCAUUAUACAAGGCAGGUGCAGCCUUCUUAGAUGAUGUCGAUUUCCUGCGAGAUAAGAUUCACAAUGUCAGCCAGGUUCGAACAGACGGUCGCGGACAUGCGAUUACACCGGAGUCGUUUCGUCAGCUGCUGAAGUGGGGUGUUCAAGAGAUGAACAAAGUUGGCCCCUUGAACAACGUCUACCUAUGGGAAAAGAUUGCCAUCGAUGCCUGCACGAAGCAACUUCAAGAUAAGAUUGAUGAACUGGGGGCCAAAGUCAAGGAGGUUGCAGCCAGCCAAUCUGGAGGCUUGGUAGAAGCUAUAUCAGCUGCUACAGAGGAGCUGGAAGAUUUGUUCAACGGCCUCAACCUCCAGACCAAUGGAAAGGCGCGGGAGUCCUGCGACAAGAUGAAGGCCAGCACCUGGGCACUUGUUAUUGGGCCUUUCAAGGACCAAGUCCUGCUGGAGGCAAACAAGAGGCUAGAAGAUGCCAAGAAGCGGGAAGACGAUGCCAAGAAGCGGGCAGAGGAUGCCAAGAAGCUGGCAGACGAUGCUAACAAGCGGGCAGACGAUGCGAUUAAGCAGGUUGACGAAGCCAGAAGAGAGGUUCAAGAUGUGAAAAGGCACAGCGAGUGGCAACGGUGGCAGGAUUACCUUCAGCAAAACCUUCCUUGGGUUGCGUUGAUACUGCUCUCGCUGGCGAUCAUCAUCCAUCGGUUCAGUGCCGCUGUGGCUGACUGCUGCUCCUGCUUCAAGGGUGCACCCAGUCUUCGCCCCUUGCCGGAGGUGGAGCUGACAAGGAUACGGCAGCUGGAGCAAGAUCUAGUUCACAUGCAGUCGCAACGAAGAGAUUGGCCACCGGACGCAGGCGCCUUGAGUCGCUGA